UUUAAACCUGUUCAAUGCACUGUGUAAAUGUCUUGAAGUAGAUUAGGUAUAAUGUACUGUGACUAUAUAAACAAUCUAAAUUUGCAAAUAAAGAAGAAGGAUGGGAUGAGGAGCCAAAGCAAGAAAAUGGGAGGUGGAAAAGGGGAUUCACUAGUUAGUUUUCUCAACUGUUAAGACAGCAAGUGAUUAUACCACUUAGAAAAACAUGGACUCUUUCGGUAAGGCAAGAAAUAUCUGAAAUAUUGUUUUUUCCCUUUUACUGUAUCAUUUACAUACGGGCAGCAAAGCCGUUCAAUCUUUCUGAGUUGUAUCCAGGUAAGUCAGAUUAGACACACUGAUUAAGUUAGUCAAAGCUAUUGAUUUCAAUGAGACUAUUCUGCAUGUGACAUAGGCCGCAAUCCUAAACCCAGUGAUUUUUUCCUGCGGACACUCAAGGGUACGCAGUACCUGCACCUUUUUUCUGGAAGAAAAGCACUGGUUUAAAAUGUGGCACUUAGUGUAACAACUUCAUGGUGAGUACUGGCACCUCCCCCCCCCCGAACCCCACUGAUUGCCUAAACCCCACUGGUUUCAAUAGGACUUCUGAGUAGACAUGAUUUGGAUUUUGCUGCUAGUUGGCUACAACACUUUGAUUGUAGAAGCACUGCCAUGAGUGCAUCCAUUUAAUAUUGUUGUACACCAACCCCAAUCUCUGAGCAGUGCGAGAUUCCAGGUGCUUACCCAGGGUCCAUGUUUCCUUCAGAAAUAAGGCAUAGUGGAGACUGUGGUGUCUUUGAAAAUACAUGGUUUAUUUACACAUAUAUACAGUCAGAGCCUACAAUGGAGGGUUUCACAGCAAUAGCAUCCCAACAGGGACUUGUUUCUCUCAUAGCUGCAGCCUUGGAUUCAAAAAGAGAUCAAACAUUACUCUGACUCUUUCUCGAGCUUGCUGCUUUACUUCUAGGUCACAUCACUGCAACUCUCAACUCCAAAAUCUGGCUUCCUUCUUCUAACUAACCACAAGCUGGGGUCCCACCCAUUUGCUGUCUCACAUAGAGCGCCUUUCCUUUGUUUCUUUUAAUGGCCCAUCACCUUAACACAGGAAGAUAGCCUGGGUUAUAUUUUAACACUUGCUGGAUCCAGGAGUUAGAAGGAUCUUGCAUACAGCCUACUUCCUCUAUCCCAAACUCAAUACAAUAUGCAUAUCCCACCUCAUCUGAUUUGUUUGCGACACCUCAGACUCCUUACAUUAAGACAAGAAUGAGUUGACAGAAAGUAGAUUUUGAUGGUGGGGUACCAUGAGAAUCAGGACCAUGUUAGGCAAGUUCAGUGAAAAUAGAUUUCUCUAUAAUAUCUUAUUCUGAUGGGUAGUUGUAAUCUUUCCUUAAGAUAUAUUUAAGAUAGGCUACAAUAUUGCCAGGUAGAGUCUAGUUCACAGUAGAACAACUACAAAUACAAAUGUCCAUAUAUUUGCAUAUAUAAACAUGCAGCAAAUGGUGUGGACCUCUUGUAGAAAAUCUAUUUUUCUCUCAUGAUUGUGGAGAAAUGGUAGGAAACGUUCACGAAACCCAAUCCAUGUCAUUAGUCCUUAUAAUUUCAUUCAUUAUUGGGCCCCACACCGUUAAAAAUACAAUUCCAUUUUGGAACGUCAUGCCUGUGCAAUAUACUGUGUAAUUAAGAUCAUCCAACAUGUUUGCUGGAACUGUGAUAUUUUGAAAGCAAACCAACUGUAAAAUAGGGAUUUCUGGAAUCACAUAGCACUCGCCCUGGGUGACAUCUUUGUAUCAUGUACACUGUCAGGGUGUGAGACCACGAAAGCUUAAAAGGAAUGAAUUACUUCCUUUUAGAGACCAGUUGGUAAAGUAUUGGUAUUGCUCCUGGGAAAUUUUGACCUAAUCUCAUUUCAGACAAUGACUCAUUUAGACAAGUCACUUUCAACCUCAGUUCCUUAAUUUGGGUGGGGAUUUGUAACAUUAGCCAACCUCACCAAAUUGGGGGUUUUUUUCUGAGGGAAAGCAAUAAAAUAAUGUAACACUCUUCAUAGUAGAAUCCUAGGCACGAUUACUUAGGAGUAAGUCCCAACAUGUCCAAAGGAAUUUAAGGUUGCAAUCCUGUGUACACUUACCUGAGAGUAAUCUCCACACACACAGCAGGACUUCUGAGAAAACGUACAAACAACUGCAGCCUUAGAUUGUAGUGUGCAUGUACAGGAUUACACCCUUAUCCUAUUAAAAAUAUAAAUACUUUGUGAUAAUUAGCAUUUAACUAGAGCUCAACUCAAUAGCCAUACAGUUCCUACGCAAUCAGAUCCUGUGCCUCAUUCUAAAAUAUAUCCUCAUUCCAUGCAAUUUAUCACCUGACCUGCAUUUAUUAAGAAUAUCCCACUGAAAUCUAGAGGAUGUAGAAAUGAACUAAGAACACCAAACCCACCCCCAAUAAUCUACUUUUAAAAUCUGACCAAACUAUAAAAGAAAAUGUUUUUUUAAAAUAAUAACAACAACUUGCUUGUUUAAUAAAAGGCAGAGUAGAAAAUAUGUGUGGGUUACAUAGGGUUGCCACAGCUCCCCACCAAAAUGCCAAUGAUUCCCAUCAGCUGCCUGAAAGAGACCGCUUUUCACAACUUGGAAGUACAGUGAAAGUAAGAACUUCACUUGCUGAAUUUCUGCUUGUCGGUGCCAGUGUGGUGAUGUAGUGGUUACAGACAAGGUCUGGUUAGAAGACUAAGGAUUGAAGCAACCCAGGUGUGAUCCCAAAUUCAGCCACGAAGCCACUGUAUCGUGAGAGUUGCGAGAAUGAAACGAGGAAGAGAAGGGGGAACCAUAUGGGAAGCCUCGACCUCCUUGGAGGAAAGUCGGGAUGAAAAUGAUUUUUUGAUAUAUAUUUUUGCAAAGCCGCCCAGGGUGGCUGGGGGCGACCCAGUCAGAUGGGCCCCGGGUACCAAUGAUAAAAUCAUCAUUUUUAUUAUUAUUAGCCUGAGCUCUUGACUUCCUGCCUCAAGAAUGCGCGUCCCCACCCCGCAGCGCGCGCCCAAAGUCAGAGCAGGGGAAGUCCUAGUAACGAAACCACCCCCGGUCGCCGUUGCCACAGCGGCAGCUCUUCCCCCUUCCGUCUCGAGCGGAACCUUUGCGACGAGGCUCCGGGGCAGAAGCGGAGGGAAUUCGCAAGCGGCCCUGGCGCAGGCGGGGAAAGAGGCGAGGCCUACAAGGCACUGGCUGCUGCUGCUUCUGUUGGUGCCGCUGGAAACCGCUUCCUUUCUCGUCGCUGGCUGGCCGGUCGGGGUGAGUGUCCCUCAUGCUGCAAGCCCAGUUCCCUUUGGGGGCGCCGCGCCCUGCUCCUCCUUUGUCCCGGCUCCGAGGAGGAAGAGGAGGCGGCGCUGCAAGGGGAAAGGAAGCCGGGCGGGAAGGUCACCGCGAGGGAGCCCGGCGGCGGUGGCCGCUCCUUUCGCUUUCGUAUUGCUUCUCGGGCUCGUCUGGACCGUGUAAAGCGCCUUCCUGUGCAACCUCACUCGAGAGGCCUCAGACCCUGGGUGACUUGGGGGGGGGGAGGCGAGUCUCUGGGAAACUCAGCCAGGUGAGCUGGGUAUCAAUAAUAAAUUAUUAUGAUUAUUAAUAUAUUGUGUCCUCCCCCCUUGCCUUCCCUUUUGUGCGCUUGCCAGGCUCAAAGCCCACCCACCCCGCUUUAAGGUCAGUCUCUCUAUUCCCGCUGACCCAAGGUCACCCCAGGCAUUGGUUUCUCCAUUUCCGCCCUCCGCAUCCCUCCGCAAAAGCUGCCUGUACGGGUGUCGUUAAUACCGCUCAGAGCACUUGGCAUCUAUGCAUUGCUUUGCAAGCAGCCUUCCCCAGCCUGGUGCCCUCCAGAAAGUUUGGGCUACAACUCCUACCCUCCCUGACCAUUGGCCAUGCAGGCUGGGGGGGGGGGGUAAGGCGUCCCUGCUGGUAAACGGGCUCCAAGCUUUUAUGGGGAUUUAUAUGCCUUAUGAGGAACGGCUAAGGGAGCUGGGCAUGUUUAGCCUGGAGAAGAGGAGGUUAAGGGGUGAUAUGAUAGCCAUGUUCAAAUAUAUAAAAGGAUGUCACAUAGAGGAGGGAGAAAGGUUGUUUUCUGCUGCUCCAGAGAAGCGGACACGGAGCAAUGGAUCCAAACUACAAGAAAGAAGAUUCCACCUAAACAUAAGGAAGAACUUCCUGACAGUAAGAGCUGUUCGACAGUGGAAUUUGCUGCCAAGGAGUGUGGUGGAGUCUCCUUCUUUGGAGGUCUUUAAGCAGAGGCUUGACAACCAUAUGUCAGGAGUGCUCUGAUGGUGUUUCCUGCUUGGCAGGGGGUUGGACUCGAUGGCCCUUGUGGUCUCUUCCAACUCUAUGAUUCUAUGAUAUACGAAUAGCAACACCUUAAACUGGGCCCGGUAGCCAAAUUGGCAACCAGUGCAGGUUUCUGAGGAGAGGUGUUGUAUGCAUGCAUGCAUGGUCUCAUUCCUUUCAGUAAUCCUGCUGCAGCAUUUUGCAGUCAUAGAAGCUUCUGGUCCAAGCACGAGGGACGUCCUGUAUAGAGUGCAUUGCAGUAAUCCAGGCUUGAAGUAGCUAAUACAAGAACUACUGUGGUGGUAGUUUACCAGUUGCAGCUAGUAAAAGGUCUUCUAGCCACCGAGGGCUCAUUCAUACUUCUGCUUGUUCUCUGCUUUCUAGGCACAGGUUCAAGCUGUUUUGCCUUUGCCAUGCUGCUUCCUCCCUGUGGAACACACUGCCAAUGGAAAUUCAGUGGGCGCCUUUUGUAACAACUUUUAAACGCCUGUCAGGCCUAUGCAGGCAAUUAAGAGUACAUCCCCCAUAAUUGUCUACUGAAGUUUGUUUUUAAUUAUUUUCCUUUUAACUUGUUUUCCUUUUUUAUUACUUUAUUGUAUGGUUUAACAUUUUUAUAUUGUUGUAAACCACUGUGAUAUUUCUAUGAUAUAAUGGUAUAUAAAUAUUUUUUUUUUACAAAUAGCACUCCCUGCCUUGCUUCUCUGGGUGUUCAAAUAGUUGUCCAAGGCUGCAGUCCUAACUCCCAUUUACCUGGAAUAAGUCCCAUGGAAUUCAGCAGGACUUCUGAGUAGAUAGGGUUAGAAUUGUGCUACAAAUGUUGUAACGUGCUGUUCAUCAUGUCAGUGCUUCUCACUGAAGUUGGAGCUAUCACAACGCAGGUUAAUAGUACUGUGGUCCUGGCUCUUUUAACUCAGCUUUUUAAAGAAACUCAGAAAACAGGUAGAGAAUGUCAUACAAUACCUAUGCACUUGGCACAUCUUAGCUAAGCAGCCUGGCAGCAUAGGACACUGGUGAUAUGUGAAGUCUGUCACGUUCUUGAUGAAUCCAAUUUUUGCGACCCUGAGCAGGCAACAAGAAUUGUGACUACAAUGCACCUGACAGGCCACAGCUUAUUGAUAAUAUUCUGUAUAUGGCUUGAGGGCUUCAGCUUUUGGCUGUAUGUGGCAUACUAGCUAUGGAUGCUUGACCACUUUCUGGCAGAUAAAUAGUACCUCUUGUAGUCUACUGGCCUUACAUUUGAUUUGUAUUUGCUUCUAUGUAAAUGUUCCUAUUUAAGAAAAGAGAAGACUUAAGAGUGGUAAACUUAAAUGUAACUCUUUAAGUCAAUAUAUAAUAUUGAGUGAUGUAAUUGGCUCAACUUUAAUGAAACUACAGUAUUCUCCUUUUCACUGAAGAGCUAGAAGAGGCAAUUAGCUGUUUGCUGACAUUCCCAUUAUGUUAUGGACAAACAUUUAGAGCUAAGUUAACUCAGUUGUUUUGAAUGUAAGAAGAAACACUGAGAUAAUGUAAAUUUCCUUCUGUCUUCUCAAAUAUCCUUGUUGUGGGCUUUGGUGCUCUUCGCAGGGGGGGACAUUUUCCACCGAAAAAGCUAUUUUUAGUACCAGAAGUUCUGCUUAUAGUAAAUUAAGCACUGUUGAAGGGGGGGGGGGGGGAAUGACGCAUGUUAUGAGAAAAAGAUAAAAAGGUUGUGUUUAGUUGACACAAAAUCUCAGUUUGAAUUAAGAUUAGGAAAUAUGUUUGGGCAUCAGGAUUCAGUCUUUGUGUGGAAUUGCUUUGCAUUAGUUCAGAAUGCAAAAUUAUCAGUCUUGUUGGUUGCAGGGAGGGAAGGGGGACCAUAGAGCAGAGUAUGAAGUAAAGUGACAAUAGAUGAAUAAUUCUGAUCAAUAAGUACUUGUAAGAAAUGCAGGCAUAAUAUAUCCACAGGGCAAAUAAUCAAUUUGACCCAAAUACCAAGUUGACUGCCGUGUGCCUCUCUCCAGUUAUUCUCUUCUGUUGCAGUAGGCUCUAGGUUAGCCUACGGCUUGAAGCCAUUGAUGUGUUUUAAUUGCAAUCAUUAGUUGGAGCAUAAGCUGUAUGGAAGCAGAGUGGAAAGUGAGAGCAAAGACUCUUAAUAGGUGCCUUCUUUGUUUUUUUUGGUCUUCAGCUCCUUCCAUGUAUGUGAGAUUUGGUUGGAACUCCAUCCACGUUGUAUGACUUUUUUGUACUGCCUCUGUCCCAUCUGUGGUGUAGUACAUUUUUGUAUCAAUAUCAUAUAUGAAGGUAAUGCAUUCUCAUGUUUUAUCUGGAGGAUCCAUUCUAAGGGCAAUGCCCACAGGUCCCCAAAAUUAUGUAGUUCUGGGUCCAUGUAUCAGAUCUGGCUCCUGGCAAGAGUUUGUACCUGAAGAAGGGCUGAAACAUUUUGUGUGUGUUCAACUGAUGCACGAGUCCUUUUGGACCCAGAAAAGGGUAGAACAAGGGGUGUAGCAGGCUUAUGCAUGCUCGGCCAACACAUGCAGGAGCCAGGAAUGGAAUCCCCAUGCAAAUUAGUUGCCACCUCUGUUUGUAAAGGCAGUAGUAGAAAGCAGCAUUUUCACAGUGCAAGGCCUAUGAAUUCAGGUGAUGUUUGCAGUUUGCAAUUCCCUCUAGUAUCCAGAACUUAGCAGCUGUAAUUCUUGCUUGGUGCGUCUAAGGCUGAGGACAUUCUGCAGGCUUCAUACAGUGGUACCUCGUUUUGAGUCUGCCGCAUCGAGUGUCCAUUUUGUUGAACAUCCGCAGCAAACCCGGAAGUACCGGAACGGGUUACUUCCAGGUUUGCCGCAUGAGCAGAAGCGCAAACCGCUGAGUGCGCAGAGCGGCGCUUUGCCGUGUGUCCUUUUCGUCUAGCGUCCGGGGCUCCAGAACGGAUCCUGGUCGCAAAACAAGGUACGACGGUAGUGGUAUAGACUGUUUUUAAAUACUUAAAUACUUAAAUAUCUUAAGAUGGGAACAGUGCUUCAGAUGACUGCAGUAGGAAUAAAAUAGGAAUAACGACGCAUGAGCUGGACACAUCAAUAGUCUUGCCACUUUGCCAGUUAAACACAAUAUGAAAACACCCUUUUAUAAGAACUUUCUCUUUCCUUUCUUUUGUCGUAGGUGAAACAGGCAAAAUGGUACAUGCUGAAGCCUUCUCUCGUCCUCUUAGUCGGAAUGAAGUUGUAGGUUUAAUUUUCCGAUUGACAAUAUUUGGUGCUGUGACCUAUUUUACUAUUAAGUGGAUGGUAGAUGCAAUCGAUCCAACAAGGAAGCAAAAAGUAGAAGCUCAGAAACAGGUAGAAGCAUAUAAUAAAAUAUUUCUUCUUAAAUAUCAAUUAUUCAGAAUGUUCAUUUUGGAGCAUAAAAGCCAAGUGGGAAGGCCAAGUGCUCAAGGACGUUUUCUAAAUCCUUAUUGUUGUCAUUAAUGCCUGCUAAUAUUUAGACUGGGAGUGAGGAACUGAAUCUGGCCAAUGGUGGGCCAUUUUUAGAGGAGGUACAAACUAGUCAAUCAUCUGGUGUCACUGUGGUGUCAAGUGACCAAUUUUCCUAUGUGCUGUAGUGAAUUAAGCCACGCUAGAAAGGAAAAUCCAAGCCCAAACAAACAGGGCUUUAAAGUGACUGCCAGUGUUACGCUCCACUUCUUGCUAGAUCUCACAAAGCUUAAAGUCAGUACCUGUCAGCUGAGAAGUUUGGAGCCUGGACCUACUCUCACUCACCUUUCACAUCCCUGGUUAGGAUUUUUUUAAGGAAGAGGGUAAGCAGUAAGGCACUUGCCUGCUUUCCAGCUUGACUUUCAUGGGGCAUUUCCUCAAAUUUGCCCUGAGCAAGUGGUGGCAAAGCAAUCAGCCCCCCGCCCCUUUACCAGGUCAGUCAAGCCACUUUUUGCUAUGCCCGCUGCUCAGCAUGGUCUGAGACGCGAGAGCACAUUUGAUUUGCUGCCCCCCUUCAAGCUUCUGGAAUAUACUUGCCACAUUUUUUGGAUUUGCAUCACUAAAGGCGGAAGAAGGAAGGAAAAGCAGAAGCCAGUUUUACACGCACACAGUGCCUUUGCUAGAAGCCUGAUCUGCUUUCCCAUGAAUCACUUCCCUCUUUUUCUAAUCCACACACAAAAAAAUCAUGAACCUGCAUACGCACACCAUCUAACUGAUACAAAAUCAGCUGAGGAGCAGGAAGAGGUGUGUGCAUCUUCAUCUUCAUCUACAUCUUCACAUGUAAAUGUGAAGUGGCUUCACCCACCAUGGACAUGUGGCCAACGGCCAACUAGCCAUGAGUGAGUGAAGCCCUAGGGCUAUAAAUGGUCCUAGGUUCCUGGGCUAGUUAGAAAUAUAGGAAGAGGAGUCAGACCAUUGAUCCAUCUAUCUUAGCAUUGUGUGCUGACUUGCAGUGUCCUUUCAUACAGGAGUCUUCCCAGUCCUACCUGGAGAUACCAGGGAUUGAACCCAGGACAUUCUUCACACAAAGCACUUGCUCUGCCACUGUACUAUAUCCCUUACCCAAGCGUUGAUUUACGUCUGCCCUGCAUCAGUUGGUCUUCUUACGUGGUUGUUGCAUUGUUCCUUUUUUGAAACCACAGGUGUUUUGUUUUGUUUUUUGCUGAGGAAAUAAUAUUUCCCCCAAUAGUGUAUGUUGCUGUUUUAAUUCCUGCAUGAAAGUCAGCUGAGUUUUUUGUCACAGCAUCUCCCUCGAAUAUUGUUCGUAAACAGGGCAAUGGAAAUUUGCAUCAAGGCUGUCCCUCCCCCUUUUUCCCCCCUCCUGCCCCAAUCUGUUAUGUUUUGAUAGGAUGUUGUGCUGCUGCCUUACUCUAACAGUAGUAAAAUGCAAUUGGGGCUUGCCUUCAUUUAUCACAGAAGAAGACCCUGAGACACUGGCCUCGUUCUGUUUACUUAACCUGUUGGACAAUUAUCAGAUAACAGAGGAGUCACAUUUUAACUAAAAGGGGUGGGGGUGAAGUCACGCUACAUUCAAACAAGUGAAAAAUUUGACGGUUCUGUGUAAAGAUCUUCGAAUUUCAAUUCUUUGGCUGUCUGUGUUUUCAAGUAACAACACACCUCCAAAUUAUUAACUUUAAAAAGUGAACGGUGUAAUGUUACUGAAUGUUAACUUUUUAAAAAAAACUCUUUAUAGGCAGAAAAGUUAAUGAAGCAAAUAGGCGUGAAAAAUGUGAAGCUUACAGAGUAUGAAAUGAGCAUUGCUGCACAUCUCGUAGACCCUCUUAGCAUGCACGUAAGCAUCUCUCUCACUUUUUCUUACUCAUUUAGAAAAAUGGUGCUUCGGGGAGAUAGUAAAGUGUAGUAUUUGGGAUAAAACUUUGUAAAAUGCAGCUGCUGUUACUCAUGCAGGGAUUACACUCUAAUAAAUUAAGAGUCUUCCUAACUUAGGAAACUUCCAAGUGUUCCUGACUGUUUUCUAGCAGGAAAUCAUCUUCUAUGUUUUCCAGAACAAGACAUGGGUCAGGAGACUUUACUUCAGGGCCAACUAUAAUCUGCUUUGCAUAUCACAAAACUAAUUAUAAUUGCAGUCAGAUCUGUGCAAUACAGAUAAUGUGAUCCUAUUCAUGUUUACUCGGAAGUUAGCCACACUUAAUUCAAUGAGAUGAUUUAGGAUUGCAUCUUAAAUUGACUUAAAACAUGAUAAUCAAAAAAGUAAUACCACAGAUCUUACUGUGGCUCCACUCUUAUCUGCUAUAUCUGAAUACACACAAUUACAGAUAGCCAUAAACUUCUUUAGCUGAGAAUGUGACUGUUUUCUUACUUGAUGAUGACUGUUUAAUAUUGUAUUUGUGCCUCAGGUAACAUGGAAUGACAUUGCAGGUUUAGACGAAGUUAUUACAGACCUGAAGGACACAGUAAUUUUGCCAAUCAGGAAGAAACAUCUGUUUCAGAACUCCAGACUCUUACAGCCACCGAAAGGUAAGUAUGGAGAGGUCAUAGAGGAUGUUUUCUUGAAACUGGCCAUGGUAGAUUUCACCUGCAUUCAGACACUUGUAUCUCAUCUUAAUAAACGAAGACAUGAACAAGCCUUUUCAAGCACACACAUAGAGCCCAUUUUCAGAGCAAGUGAGCAAAUGAAUCAGGAAGUCUUCUCUUAACUACAAUUUUCUUUCUUCCGAACCAGGAAUCUGGUUAAUAGCUUUGGCAUGAGCCAUGAUUACCAAGCCAUUAUUAUGAUUAACACUUGCACUGAUUGUACAUAAAUUAAAAGGUAAGAUAGACCCUUCCUGCAGGCUAGUAAUCCAAUAGACAUACAAAAGAAAAAGAAUGGGAAGGGAAGAGAAAAGCAGGCACUAGAGCAGCUGUUCUUUCACUGGCCGGUGGAGUGAUUGUUCUGCCCCUUGCCAUGAUAUUCUUCCGGAGAGGCAGGGGCUAAGAUUUCAAAUAUUCAAUUAGUAGUAAUCAAAAAGGUUUAAAAGAUGUUUCCUUAACAGAAAGCAAGAACCCUUUAUGUUGAGAGUUGCAGAACCUAUAUUUCUUCAGGUGUUGCUAGACUACAUUUCCCAUCACCCCAGGCUGGCCGGGGCUGAUGGGAGUUCCAGUAUAGCAAUAUCUGGAGAGCCGCAGGAUCCUCUCUUACUCUAUGUGAACAGAAGAAUGCAGAUUGAAACAUUACUACCAUUUCCUAUGAAUCUUGGUGAAACUAAGGCACAACGCUAUGUGUAUUUACAUGAGAGCAACUUCCGGUAAACUCAGUGGGAUUUAUUUCCAAAUACACCUUUAAAUGCUAAGCUAUAUGGAACCAGUGCUCUUUAACUUUCAGCUGAACAGAUCUUAGUGACAGUUUAUGCCUCUGUUGCUCCCUUUUUUCUUCCAUUGAGAUCACUUUUGUUUUUACCAGAAAGAUUGUAGCCUGGACAAAGUAACAUGUUCAGGAUUCAUUGAGUAUGGGAGCCAUAUAUGAAUGGCGGUGCAAAUCUUGAGUAUCCAAAGGCACUUAGGAGCAAUUUUAUUCAUAGCAAAUGUGACUCUGUUGGUGUUCAUGCUGUGUCUGUCAGACCAAGCGGCAAUAAAAUGUUAACAAUGUGUUGCUUUUUAGGAGUACUUCUCUACGGCCCUCCAGGCUGUGGUAAAACCUUGAUUGCCAAAGCUACAGCAAAGGAAGCAGGUUGCCGAUUUAUUAAUCUUCAACCCUCCACACUGACAGACAAAUGGUACGGGGAGUCUCAGAAGCUGGCUGCAGCUGUUUUUUCUCUUGCUAUGAAGCUUCAACCUUCCAUCAUCUUUAUUGAUGAAAUAGGUAAAAUGUGUACUUUCUGUAUGUAGUCAUAGGAAAAUAUAAUUGCAUUGAAGUUUUAAAAAUGAAAUGAAUUUCAUCAGGUAUGCAUGCCUUAUUUGGCAAAAUAUCAAUGUUAAGAAGGCAGUCACUCUGAAAAUAAGGAAAUGCUUGGUAGCACAAGUUUAACUUGGUUGUAGCCAAAGAUCUUUAUUGCUAAUGCCAAAUAUAUGUGUACUCAGUAUCUGGUGUUUACUGCAGGAAGAAAUUGAAAGGUUUUCUGCUUUCAUUUGGAUGCAGAUAUUGAUGAUGUAACAGAGUUAUCUCAUCCACUUCAACCUUCAUUUACACUCACUAUGAAGCUCCAAAUUUCAAAAGUAAUGUACAAAUUAAACCUAUUUAAAUUUUUGCAUAUUUUAAUUGUUUAGCUCUUAAUUUAUUAUUUACAUAUUGCCAAUUUGGCUAUUCCAGGAGCUGAACAAUUAAAAUAUGGUGGGGGGAAAAUUAAAGUAACGUUUGCCUAAUGUUGCACUUAGGUGUGAAUAUUAUAUGUUGUAUGCCACUUAAUUCUCACAAGAGUGAGGCAGGAGGCAUGCUAGAGGGGGGAGAAUUCUGGACCAAGCAAAUAUAAUUUAUUUGCCCAGAAGAAAUCAACAAUAGUUUGUGUUAAUCAGUUUAGUACUGUACAUUUGCAUGCUUCAUUCUUUGUUGAACUUGCACUUUUUCAUUCACUUUUUAAAAUAGUAGUUGUGUGUUGGCAGAUGAAUGUAUUGUUUAGGAAAAAUAGUUGGAGGUGAUGCUACUUAGAAGAUAUGACAGAUUCUUCUUUUUUAUGAUGGCACAUCCAGUUCUCUGAGAGACUAAUCCUUUUCAUCUAGAAAAAUGAACAGCAUUAGGUGAGGCAGCUUGUAUUGCAGGAUCUGAACAAAAUUCACUUAGUUUGACAUUCCUUGCAGUCUUCUCUCCAUUCUUCCCAUAUCAUAGUCAGAAGUGGUUUACUCUAUGGCAAGAGAGGAACUGUGGGCUUCUUGCUUGAGAAACACCAGCCAAGACCACCCCCCCAAAGUAUAUAGAACUAGUUGUAUGGUUUCUGGGAAUCGUCUAGUGUUAUGUAGUUGGUGCAUGUUUAUUCAAUAAUGUUCAAUACAACAGCGGUAGCCAGAAUAAUAAGAUAAAAUAGCCAUGAGCACACACUUAAUUCAAACGCUCUCUUAAAAUUCAGAUUCCUUUCUACGAAGUCGUUCAAGUUCCGAUCAUGAAGCCACAGCUAUGAUGAAAGCCCAGUUCAUGAGUCUCUGGGAUGGCCUGGACACCGACUAUAACUGCCAAGUAAGUAAUAAUUUUUAAGAGAAAAGGGCAGAAAUUUAUAUGCAUAAAAAGGCCAGGACAAUUUAAAUGCUGAAGAGCAAGGACGUGCAAAAUUCAUCCGUUUCUGCUAGCUGCAGCUAAACUGGUAUUUUAUUUUACCUUUUUGCCGUUCUUUGAGCUCUCUUUUCCUUGAGAUCAAGGAAUUAACACCAAGGUUCACUUUCCCAUGUGGAGGUUUUAAAAGGUUGGAAAGGAAUGCCCCUCUCAAGGCAGCUACACAAGGCAGGCUCCUGGGACUUUGGCUUCAGUAUCCUGUAGACGGCCACCGAUCUUUCCUGAGAUGAUUGUCAUAUUGGGUAUUUAAUUGGAUUCACUCUUACUUGGCUUGGUCGUGUGUGUAAGGAAGCCUUACUUCAUUCAGGAAAAGGGUAGAUGACUCUGGCAGUUGAGAUCUGUAUCUCUGAAGCAUCUCAGAUUAAGAAACUUGAGGUGGUGAUCUCAUAACCACAGAAUUUUGUGGUUGCCACCACAGAGAUCACAGAGGGACAAGGCCUCAAGUCAGCUUUGCAGGAGGGAGAUUGGCGUGCAAGUUACAGAUAAAGCCUCUCUGUCCAAUAUAGGCUUACAAUAGGAAGCCUCCAAAAUUUCAAUGAGAUCUCAUAUGCUCAGAGGCUCUGGUGAUAUCUUUGGCUCCCACUACUAAUGACUAGUGUUGUCCUGUUGGCAGGCCAGUACCUCCCGUUCUCCUCUGCAUAAAGGGGAAUUCUUUUGGCAUGGUUUGUCUUUUCAACUCUAGAGGGCAGUCUCUCUCUUUCUUUCUCUCUCUCUCUCCCUCUCAGAGGAAAUACAGCAAUAUUUCGAAGCAGGGCUCCUUUAGACAUUGCAUUUUUCUCUGUAUAGGGUUGUCUGUGGCACAAAUGUGUGUUUGUCUCAUUGUGGGUGUUGUACAAAAAGUGAUGAUGCCUGGAACAAAUCUAAGCCAGUGGCAUUUGCAGGGCAAGGGUACAAGACUGAGAAAGCAGUAUUUGAGGAUGAAUGUCGAACUAAAUGAAUUAAAAAGAAACCCCCACUCCACAAAAAGUCUUAGUAUUUAUGCUUGGUCAAGUUCAAGUUUGGGAAAUGGUCGCUGGGAGAUACGUAACCUAGAAUGGUUAAAUAUUACUUUGCAUCAGUUGUAGAUGUUGAACAUUAGAACUUUUCAUUAGAGCUAUUUUAUAUCUCUGAAACCACAUGCAACUUUGAAAGUGUGACAAUUGACUCCAGAUACCAGUUUUGUUACUAACAGAUAACUUUUGGGGUGGAAGGCUUCUAAGACUAUUCCCCAGCAAUUUAUUGAUGGCAUCUUUAAUCAGCCUGUUUCUUUCAUUGUUUAGAGGAAAUAUGGUGGUAUUUUCUCAGGUUUUUGAGUCUGACCUAUUUUGCUUCAUAUUGGGCAGGAGAGCUUUUUAAACCAAUUACACCAAAGCACUUUAGUACUUGGGGAGAAUUCUGGAAUAUAUUAUGGAACAUACUGCUUCAUAAAGUACAUUGAGCUGAGCCAAACCUUUUAGAAUCUCGAUUGUCAUGCCAAAAUUUGCAUCUUCAGCUGCGGUGAACUUUUUUUGUCUUUCAAAACAGGAAGUGUAUCUCUACUUUUCACCCAAAUCCUGGGCACUAAUCACUUUUGGUUUUAAAUACUCGUGGGAGCUAUAUAUUCCCUGAGCUUGUGUGGCCUGUGUUGACUUCUGAUUCUGAUUCAUCUUGCAGCAAAAAACCUUUCUGCUCUUCCUUCCUUUUUUGACUUCUUUUAGGUGAUAGUGAUGGGAGCUACCAAUCGCCCUCAGGAUCUUGACUCAGCUAUUAUGAGAAGAAUGCCGACACGAUUUCAUGUCAAUCAACCUGUAAGUCAUAGAAGAUUCACAGCCGUGAAUUGUAUGGCCUGACUCCUCAGUUAUCUGUUGACCAUUAUUAUUUAUUAUUUAUAGCUACUUUUCUGACCAAAGGAUCCCUAAGACAGUAUACAAUAUACUGAUAAAAAUGUAAUACAAUCUAGGAGUUUAAAAAAGGUUAAAGUUCCUUCCCCUAGAGUUUAUUGUCCCAGCCAGUCCUAGUUCUUCCUUGAAGAGGGAAGGGAACUUUGGGCGCUGCUAAUGGGGGGAGAGUAAAAGCCUAUUGCUUCAAGGGGUAGUCCUCACUUACUUUUGAAGAUUGCGAAUACAUGACCACUCUGCUGUCCUUCUGUAGCCCCAGUGACACGAAUGGGAAUUGCACAAGCGUGAUGCCGUGCCAUUACAGCACAUCAAUUUCUGUUUAUCCAAAAUCAGUGAGAAUGCUGACACCCUGUUCUUUGUAACAAAUGUUUUGUUCUCAAUUUAAAGGCACUGAAGCAGAGAGAGGCAAUCUUGAAGCUGAUUUUGAAGAAUGAGAAUGUAAGUCGGUUGUUUCUUAUGCAGCAGAACUUGGAAUGGUUUGCAUUAUUGGAAGGGCUGUAGGAUCCGUAAUGGCUUCAGCCAGCUAUUGCAUCCCAGUCACGGUGCUUAAUUUUCUCUAAUGGAUGCCGGUUAAGCUGAAAGGGCACAGCUUUCACUGUGGGUUAUACCCAUAGCCUUUUGUUGUUGCUGCUGUUUGCUAAAUUCCAUGUUGGAACAGAAUCGGUUGUGAUAACGUUUCUUAAUCCUCCUUCAAUCUGAACCGCUGUUAGAACUUGGUAAAAUGUUUUCAAGGCAUUCAUAUGCUGCUGCUUGUUUGCUGGUAGGUGGACAGGCGUGUCGAUCUCCUUGAAGUUGCUAAGGAAACAGACGGGUUCUCAGGAAGCGACUUGAAGGAAAUGUGCCGUGAUGCUGCGCUGCUCUGCGUCAGGGAAUAUGUUAAUUCAACAUAUGAAGACAGGUAACUUUCAUUGAAACUACAGAGAUUUUUAAUAUGAUCUCUAACCCGGUGUCUAUCUUUAAAGUGGUUUUUUAAAAACAGAAAUCAUAGACUCAUAGCAUUGUAGAGUGGGAAGGGGGGGAGUACCAAGGGUCAUCUAGGCCAACCCCCUGCAAUGCAGGAAUCUUUUGCCCAGUUUGGGGCUCAAACCCAGGAUCCUGAGAUUAAGAGCCUUGUGCUCUACCGACUGAGCUAUCUCAGGAUGUUGUAUUGGGGAGUACAACUUCACAUUUAGUUAAAUGUACACAGAGUACAAAGGGACACGGCUGGCGCUGUGGUCUAAACCACAGAGCCUAGGACUUGCCGAUCAGAAGGUCGGGGGUUCAAAUCCCCGUGACGGGGUGAGCUCCCGUUGCUUGGUCCCUGCUCCUGCCAACCUAGCAGUUCAAAAGCACGUCAAAGUGCAAGUAGAGUACCGCUGCAGCGGGAAGGUAAACUGUGUUUCCGUUCGCUGCUCUGGUUUGCCAGAAGCAGCUUAGGCAUGCUGGCCACAAGACCCGGAAGCUGUACGCCGGCUCCCUCGGCCAAUAAAACGAGAUGAGCGCCGCAACCCCAGAGUCGGCCACGACUGGACCUAAUGGUCAGGGGUCCCUUUACCUUACACAGAGUACAACAAAAAUGGGAAUGACAUCCUUCCUAUCCCUUCACUUUCCCUGGUGGGAUCCGUGUGCGCCUGAGGCAGGAACAGUGUGCACAUCUCUCUGCCUAUGGGAAGCAGAAUAUUCACUAAUUCCACAUUGGACUUUACAGAGAAGUUCAAAGAACAGGAAGUGAGAGUCAUUCAAAGCACUCACCUUUUAUAUGUACCGUGUUCUUUGUGUGUUUCCUUACUGAGGAUUAAACUACCAUACUUGUGUUGCACAGCAUUUAAAUCCUCUUCACGCUUUUUGGGGUUUUUUUAGUAAUGAAGAAGAUGAAAUUCGACCCGUGCAGCAGAGGGAUCUGAACCGGGCAAUUGAGAAGAUGAGGAAGUCCAAGGAUGCUACAAAUCAGAGUGUUCUAAUGCAUGUUAGUUUAGAUUAAGGCUAAGGAAUGCCCUCACACGGUCUCAUUUGGUGACUGUUUUUUGUCGUUUAGAUAGUGGAAAUGAAUUGGAAGCAGAAAUAUCCUUUUAAUAAGUGUUGACAGAAUUGUUUUUUUAUAUGCAGAUAUCUUAAGUUAUUGAAAUCUGAUAAUAUUGCAAAAUUGGAUAUGGCCUCUGUAACAGAUCAUGACAUGGGAGAAUGUAGUCUAGCUCGAAAACAAUGUCUUGCUUCAUGGUUUCAGCCUUAAAAGCCUGUUGGUUGGUUCAAGUAUGGCACAUUGUUUCUUUGGGGAGGAGCAAACUCAGUUCAUGUACAUAUAUGUAUGAGUGUGUGUAUGAUAUGUAUAUAUAUAUAUAUCCACACAGUUUUUAUAUAUAGACAUAAUGUGUAGAUAACGAAUAUGAAAAGCCUUCUCUCUCUUUUUUUCUUUUCCCUCUUUUCCCUUAAAAAAACCAAACUCAUUUUCAGGAUCAAACCAAGUCAGGGGAUUAAAAUAUUUCAGUAAACAUCUAUUUUUUGUGUAGUACCUUAAUAUAAAGGAAGAAAACCCGCUUCUGGAAAAUAAAUUUCUGGAAUGCAGACAAAUUUGACUUCUUCCAUUUAACUUGUGGUAUCCGCUGGUGCCAAUCAGUUUAGGUAGAAAAAACACAUAAUGCCUCGUGAACCUUUUGAUUUUUUAUGAAUCCAAUACUUGUUUUUUUAAUAACUUUUUUUAUAUGGUCACAUGAUAAGCAUUACGGAACAUCAGUAACUGCAUAUUACCAAAAUUUAUUUUUCUAUUUCUGAAUUUCUGAACUUCAAAGACCUGGAGGGCUCCUAUUGCUGAAGUUCCUUUAUCACUGUAGGACUAUAUUGUCUCACUUGCUGGUAUCUAUAAGUGGUCACAACAUUAUAACAUUAAGUACAAUGAUCUUAAACAUUUGCUUCAUUUAAUUUCUCCCCUACCUUUGCUCCAUUGAGAAGCUCUCCACAGGUCUUCUAGUGGAUAGAGGGAAUUACAUAACAUUCAGAUAUUCUUCAGUAAUGGUGAGGUGGCAUUUCAGCAUUAAGAGUAAAAUUUUGUUCACCCUUAAAGCUGUUCAAUGGUCAUAUGAAUCCACACUAAUCAAAGUAGCCAAUUACCCAAAACAGUCACAGCCUUCAUAAGUUGGUUUUUUUUCUAGUAAUUGAAAUGAGUGUUGAAAAAGAUGCGUAAAAAAACUGAUGAAGGGAAUGAUUAAUUCUAGACUUCCCUCAACUCGUUUUAUAACUUGAUUAUGGUUAUUCUUGCAGGUGCUAUUUUGGGCACAACACGUUUAUAUAAAAUGCAGAAUGUUCCUGCAUCUCUGCUCAUAGGCUUGCAUUUUCUUUCAAGGAAGGAAGUUAGCAAAUGGUUUGUGGCUAAAUAAAACCAAGUGCAGUGCAGGUUUCAGGUCAGGAUCCAGAGGGGCUCGUGGGUGUGGGUUUAUAACCUGUGUUUACAUCACUUUUUCUCAGUUUUCUUCCCAGAAGGAGCCUGUAAGAAAAUCCCCAGAUCCGUUUUACUAUUUGGGUUAGAUUGAAUAGGUGUUUGAGGUUUUGCAUGAAGCAUUUCCUUCUUUAAGGGGAAAUAUUGCUGCAGUAUGUGAUUUCUUUUACUCUGUUUGUCUUUCAAAACCUCUCUCAUCCAGUCCCAAAAUGGUUAUUGGAGACGAUUUUGUGGAACAACUUCUAGAGGAAAAUCCUGAUGCUUAUUUAUGUGUUCCUCUGGAUUUCAGCCAUGUUUUGUCUGAAAUGUUGUUACUUGUUCUUGCAGCUAGUAUCUAACGAUACAUCUGUGUUACUGAAUCCUUUUAAGAGCUGUUUAUGUGAGCUGCUUUUGCAAAACUGAAUCCUUGGACACUGGAGUGCAUAGGUAGAAUUAUGACAAAAGUACUGCUUUGUACAGUCUGUCACCUGUCAGUUCCUUUUGAUAAUCAUGAGUGUCUAUAUUUUGAAAGAGUGAAUAGCAUUUUUCUGUUCAUGCCCUUCAUUUAAUUUUUCUGAAUUUCAUUAAAAGCACAGAAUUCAAAAUCAGUAUAAUUAUCUGAGCACCUCAUAGGCGUGCUGUUUGUUUCUACCAUUUCCUAUUGCUUGUGAAUAAAAAGGUCACACAAAUUGAGCUAAACCUCCAAAUAAUGAAUUCAUAUCAGAAAAUUUGUGCCUUAAAAAAAAAGAAUUAUGACCAUUUUCUGCAAAAAUAAGAAGUUGUCAGUGUAUUGUUCCUGCUUGCAUUCUACCUAAUAUGUUAAUUUACAAUUUUGUUAACUCAGUCGCAAAGCAGCCCCAAAUAAUAGAAGGUGUGCCAUUCAACAGGAAGGUUCCCCCCCAAAACCAAGUGAAAGGCUUUAUUGAAUCCUUUUUUCCAGUUAUUUUCAAUUGCCAAUUUUCCUGAAGGAAAAUCGAAUUUCGUUUGCGAUUGCUAGGCUCCAAAGGUAGUAGCAGCUCAGGAAACUCAGCGGCGUCUCUGCAUGCACAGAAAUACUAAGUGUCCCUACAAGUCUCUUUGGAUCCUGCUCAGUAUUCCUGUGAUUUCAAACAAUAGAGCCUUUGAAACAAGAAACCUAGCUAUAUCACUAUAUGUGAUACAUUAUUUGGAAAUUUCAAAGUGUUUGUGUCCUGUGUCCCCUCCCCCACUGCUUCUCCCAUUGUGCUUGUUUGCUGGGCAUGAUUUAGACUGGUUGAGGGCAGUAAACCAUACAAAGAUUUUAAAUUACUAAUGCAACAUAAAUUGGACCAUUCUGCCAUAAUAAUUCCCAGAACAAUUCUUCGGGCAUUUAUCCUUCCAAAUAAUUCUUUUAUACUUAUAUUUCUACCUGCUUUGUCGCUGCAUGUUCCGCACGUUUAUCUCUUGUCUGCCGGUAUGUCUCUAGCUUUCCAGCCAGUGACUUAAUUCUUCACUAUACAUGUAGAUUCUGAAGUUGCUAUACUAAGUUGUUAUUCGCAGCAUCCUUUCCCCACCCUCUCUCACUACAAAGGAUCAGGUUAAAGUUUCUGGUUACUUCCUCAAAAAGGAGAGAUGCCCCAGUCCAGCAGAUGUCUGCCUGAGUUUUGGGUACUUCUCUCUCUCCGUUAAAAAUCAGGCAAAUCACAUUUUCUCUGGAUUGAAGUCUUUGCUUUGAUAACAUUGUUUUAUUUUUUUAUUGCUCCCUCAAAUACCCCAGUAAACCCUAACAAUGUUUUUUUGCCUUUUUGCUGAAACAACUGCCUUCACUGCAACCAAGCCAUCUCUUCCUUACAUUAAUUUCAACUUAAUGCUCAGCUCGUUUGCUCCACGUUUUUCAAGGCUCAGUCUUAAGCAGUAUCUAGUCACUUAUUCUGGAGAAAUCUUUGUGGAGCUUUUCAGCCCACUUGGGAUUUGUUGGUGGUGGUGGUGGCGGUAGAAUUGUCAAGUUAUGCUGCUUCAUAGCUUACCCUACUUCUUGGAACACUGUAGAUUGAUUCAGCAACCUUUUUUUGCACAGUGAAAAAACGUUUGAACACCUUUCCCCUCCCUGUACCAUGCACUUAACAUGUGAGGUUGGGGUUCAUUGUGUGCACCUCUUGGAAACAAAGUGCUUUGUCUGUAAGGCACACCUGCUCCUACCUGAAUGCAAAGCAGAGUUCCUUGGGUCUCAGGAGAAAACAAUACAGCUACUACUGUUAACCAAGAAUUGUUAUCUGUAUGGUCCCAACCCCCAAAUCCCCAAAAAAUAUGUUGUGACAAAUGAGACUGGCCUUGGCUGUGUUUAAAUGGAUGACGAAGCAAUAAGCUUGAUGAUGAUUGUAGCAAAACAUUUGCAACUGUGCUUUUUUCCCCUGUGUGCUGCUGCAGCAAAAACAUUUUCCACAUGGUUUUUAGGAUCAAGCAAAAGUACACGUAUUAAUGGUGAAAUGUAAAUGAGGGGGAAAGAAAUAAAACUCUUAUCUGGCCUCCUUUCGAAGUCCA